AUGGUCUCCACCGCUACGCUUUUCUUUUUUGUGUACUUACUACUAUUCGUAGUGAUAGGAGUUUUCUCAUCGUUGUUCAUAAUCCCCUUAUUGGGCAUUUCAUUUGUGUUCGCCAUCGGCGUGGUAUCAUUUGGAUUCUGCAGCAACCUGAGUUUUAAAAUGGCACAAUUCGUGUACGUUCGAGCUGACGCCUUCUUGAAAAAGGUACUCGAUAAAAUGGCCCUACAAACAAAACCGGCAAAAGUGCAGGAACCCAUCUCCACACUGAGACCAGUGUCCAAUCCAACUAUCCCAAGUCCGCUUAGACAGACGGCACGUCCCUCCAAGUUCGUCACCGAGGAAGAUGUUAUCUUUGAACCCGUCAGUGCUCAAAGUGCCAUUGCCCGUUCCUUAGAGACCACCGCUAAGAAAGCGGGUAACUGA